CUCCUAGGAGGUGUGCAGUGUGAGGUGCAGCUGGUGGAGUCUGGUGGAGGCUUGGUGCAGCCUGGAGGGUCACUGAGACUCACCUGUGUGGCCUCUGAAUUCACCAUCAAGAACUAUGACAUGAGCUGGGUCCGCCAGGCUCCAGGGAAGGGGCUUCAGUGGGUCUCAGCUAUUAGUAGUGGUGGAAGCACUUACUACACUGACUCUGUGAAGGGCCGGUUCGCCAUCUCCAGAGACAACGCCAAGAACACGGUGCAUCUGCAAAUGGACCGCCUGACAGACGAGGACUCAGCCCUUUAUUUCUGUGCAAGAGACACAGGACACCAUCACCCAGACCAGCAGGACAGGCGGAGAUCCAGGGAUGACCCCACACAGAUGGGCUCAAGCGACUCUACACCCUCCAUAGACAUCCAGCUCCAGGGCUGCCGUAGAGUCAGAGCUCAUGCAAAUGGGGCGCUCCCUGUGCUGAUGAAAAGCAGCCCAGCCCUGACCCUGCAGCUCUGGGAGAGGAGCCCCAGCCCCGGGAGUCCCAGGUGUCCACAGUUGGUCAUCAGGACUCAACACACACGGCUCACCAUGGAGUCUGGGCUGAGCUAGGUUCUCCUUGCUGCUCUUCUAGGAGGUGUGCAGUGUGAGGUGCAGCUGGUGGAGUCUGAUGGAGGCUUUGUGCAGCCAGGGGCACUGAGACUCUCUUGUGCAGCCUCUGGUCUCACCUUCAGUAGCUAUGAUAUGAGCUGGGUCCCCCAGGCUCCAGGGAAGGGGCUGCAGUGGGUCUCAGCUAUUUGUAGUUGUGGAAACACUUACUACACUGAGUCCGUGAAGGGCAGGUUCACCAUCUUCAGAAACAACGGCAAGAACACUUUGGAUCUGCAAAUGGACCACCUGACAAUCGAGGACUCAGUCCCUUAUUACUGUGAGAGACACAGUGAGGGGAAGUCAGUGCGAGCCUGA